GGAGGCACGGUUCCCUCCCCGCCGUAGAAGAUGCCGUCGUGGAAGGAUGGAGAGGAGAGCAGCGACGAGGAGGAGCUGGUCGGCAUGGAUCUGGAGCAGCACUGGGUAAGAUAUCUGCUUUGCACCUAGGGUUAGGGUUAGUGUUCAAGUGUUCUUCGAUUUGAGACCAUGUUUGGAGCAGUUGCUAUCUUUUCUGCGGUUCACUAGUGUGCUACAAUGCAGGCGAACCCUGACACCACUAUAGAUCCAUCCUUCCGUGGUAGAGCUGCAGAUGCAAGCAUCACAUGUAGACUGCACUUGGCCCCAUGCAUGAAAUAUGUUGCAUUUGAAGGAAAGGACACUGGGAGGAGGUUCUAUGGAUGUGCUGUUCCUCAGGAUGGUAUUGACCGUGGAGUUGCUCAGUGGGUUGAUGCCCCAUGGCCUUCUAUUCUGCAAAGAUGUUUGGAGAAGAUAUGGGAGAUGUUUCAUGAGGAGAAUCAUGGCAGAAUGAUUGACCAUGAGAAGUAUAAGAAAGAGUUGGACAAGGUCAACAAGCAGUUGGAUACACUUGGGGAUCAGUACAGUCAGCUGGUUGAGGAAGUCACCAAGAUGUUUGAUUGGGCAGAUCAGAACAACAGGGUCAUGAGUGAUGAAGAGUUCAAGCAGAAGCAGAUGGAUGUGGACAAGGACAUGGAGAAGCUAGCUAUCAGCAAGGAGAAGCAGAGUGCUGACUUUGGCAAGAUGAAGGAGAUGGAGAAGCUGGCUCAGGAGCUGAAGGAGAUGAAGUGCAUUCUUAGGUCUCAGGGGGAGAUCAUUAGGAACACAAGGAAGGAGAGGGAUGAGAUGAAGAAAGAGAGGGACAGGCUGGUAGAGGAGAAGAAGAAGCUGGAGUUUCUGGUGGGUGAUCUUAUGAAAGCUGGUCAUGGCAACAAGGACAAGCUUGCCAAGAUCAAGUCAAUCCUUGAUGAGUGAACAAUGAUGUUCAUCACCUCAGUUAUGUUAAGCUAAUAUGUGGCCUUGGAACAAUAUAGCUGGCCUUGGGGUUGUAUAUUUUGGGAAUCCCCUAGUUA